AUGGGGGACCUUCCACCUGAGGCUGAUGGAGACAUUGGAGAGUCUCGAGUAAAGCAACUCGAUCUUGUCAAAGUUCUGGUCCAGAAGAUCAGCGUUGCAGUAAAAGCUAGUUGUUACUGGUUAGGCGCUGAAGGUCGGUCCAUUUCACCGUUGGACACCAACGAGAGGGGGACGAAAGGGGGCGGCACUGUGCGCCCAGAUCACCUGCGGGCUUCGCGAUUACGGGACAAGUCGCCUGCGUUGCCUGCAUCUGCCUGCAAGUGCGGCGAUGGCCUCGUUUGGGAGUUCUGCCAAUGA